ACACGGCUGAGCAUAGAGGGAGGGAGGAUGGUGAUAAGGAUGUGGUCUGAGGAGCGGCUCUUCUCUGUGGAUGUUAUCUCACCUCCCCUGUGAAGCUUUUGAUCCUGUUUGUUUAAGCCGCAGCUGCUGUUUGUGUGUCUCUCUGUGUGUUUUUCUACAUUUUUUAAAUUCCUGUUUUGCUGACCGGUCUGCGUGUGUGUGUGUGCUGUAACAUCCACCAUCAUCUGGAGCCAUGUCGGACUCUGAGGACAUGACGGAGUUCGCCAGCAUCGUGGAGCGGAUCGAGCGAGGCGAGGUCCCAAUCAAGAACAUAGAGAGGGAGCUGAUCUGCCCGAUAUGCAAGGAGCUCUUCACCCAUCCGUUGAUCCUGCCCUGCCAGCACAGCGUCUGCCACAAGUGUGUCAGAGAGCUGCUGAUGCUGAACCAUGAGGACUCUUUCGAUGCCGGCUCAGAGUGCUCCCUGCCGGGCAGCCCCAGGUCCAGGGUCCCGUCCCCUUCCAUGGAGAGGCUGGACAGGCUUGUGAGAUCAGGUGGGUCUCGGGGCUCCAUCUCAUCCCCGGGGUGGCGCAGAGGUUCUGUGACUCCCCGGGUCACCACCAUCCCAUGCCCGGGCUGCCAGCAUGACAUUGACCUCGGUGAGCGCGGCAUCAGCAUGCUGUUCCGUAACUUCACCCUGGAGAGCAUCGUCGAGCGCUACCGCCAGGCCGCCCGUGCAGCCAUCGCUAUUAUGUGUAACAUCUGUAAGCCUCCGCAGCUGCAGGAGGCCACAAAGAGCUGUAUGGACUGCAAGGCCAGCUACUGUAACGAGUGCUUCAAGCUGCACCACCCCUGGGGCACGCCCAAAGCUCAGCAUGAGUAUGUCGGCCCCACUACAAAUUUUAGGCCCAAGGUGCUCAUGUGUCCGGAGCACGAGAUGGAGAAGGUGAACAUGUACUGUGAGGUCUGCAGACGACCCGUGUGUCACCUCUGCAAGCUGGGAGGAUCCCACGCCAACCACAAAGUCACCUCCAUGAGCAGUGCCUACAAAAUCCUCAAGGAGAAGCUGGCCAAGAGUAUCCAUUACCUCAUCAGCAAAGAGGACCAGGUCCGGACUCAGAUUACUGAUAUUGAGCUGCUCAUCAAUCAGACCGAGGAAAAUGGCCAACUAGCGGAGCGCCGAGCCAAUGAGCACUUUGAGCGUCUCUUUGAGACUCUGCAGGAGAGAAAGUCAGAGAUGCUGAGGUCCAUCGAACAGUCUCGAAACCGACGCCUGGACCUACUCAAGGGUCAGGUGGAGGAGUACCAGGGCAUGCUGGAGAACAGUGGUCUGGUGGGCUACGCUCAGGAGGUGCUGAAAGAGACUGAUCAGUCCUGUUUUGUACAGACUGCAAAGCAGCUGCACAUCAGGAUCCAGAAGGCCACAGAGUCUCUAAGGACCUUCCACCCUGCCUCUGACCCCUGCUUUGAUGAGUUUGUGCUCGACACAUCCAGAGAAGAAACUCUGCUCAAAGAGAUGUGCUUUGGUGGAGUUCCAGACCCUCCUCUGAUAGACUUGUCCACCAGCAGAGUGUAUAACGAGGCCUCCAUCUGCUGGAGGCUGUCUGAUGACCACCUACCUACUGACCACCACAUACUUGAAUACCGCAGACUCGGAGGCCCGAGCCAAUCCCCGUCCCAGGAGGACGGUGAGGACAGUGGGGUCUGGAGGGCCACAGACAGGGUGUAUGGUCCCAGCACUGUGGUGUGUGACCUGGACCCUGACAGCCUGUACUCCUUCAGGGUCCGAAGCUGCAGGAACUCCAUGUUCAGCCCCCACAGCCCUGAGGUCACCUUCCACACUCCACCUGCACCUGCUUUUGGUUUCCUGUUCAGCGACAAGUGUGGCUUCAGUACAGAGCGCCUCAUUUUAAACAAGCGACGGGACACUGUGGAGAGCGUAGCCGGCAUGGCCUUCCUCCUGGCAGCAGAACGUGUGCAGACGGGCAGCUACAUUGCACUGGACUACAUAAUUGGGGACACGGGCAUCUCUCAGGGAAGACACUACUGGGCCUUCAAGGUGGAGCCGCACUCCUACAUGGUUAAAGUUGGAGUGGCCUCUGACUCAAAACUGAUUGAAUGGUUUCACAAUCCGAGAGAUACUAGCAGCCCGAGGUAUGACCAUGAUAGUGGGCAUGACAGCGGCAGUGAAGACGCGUGCUAUGAGCUCUCCCAGCCUUUCACCCUCCUCACCCUGGGCAUGGGCAAGCUCUUCAUUCCCAAGGCUUCGUCUUCCUCCUCUGUCUCCACAGCAAAUGCCUCGUCUGGUGACCCUAGCAAUCGCGUGCUUCCCAUGCCCCAGCGCCUGGGCGUAUGCCUCGAUUACGACGCAUGCCGGGUGUAUUUUUAUGACGCUGACACCAUGAGGUGCCUUUAUGAGAGGCAGGUGGAUUGUUCGGGAACAAUGUAUCCAGCGUUUGGGCUCAUGGGCAGCGGCAAGGUUCAACUGGAAGAGUUCAUCACCGCUAAGAGACUGACCUUCUGAGGAGGGACGGAGCGCGCUGAUUCAGUCCGACCUGCAUCUCUUUAAUCUUUGGCAUGUUCUGGGAAGAGCAGAUUUUAUUGACAGGGUGGUGGAGUACAAUCCAAAUAGUUUUUUUGAAGGUUCAGAUGAGGCAGAUGUGAUCAGGGCCUUUGGUCCUAAAUGUGAAAAUGUGAUCCCUGCCAGAGACUGGACUAUUUAGAGUUGGCAUCUGUAAUGUAUGAUCCAUACACAAGAGUAUGACGCUGAAUAUCAGUGUCCACAUACAAAGGUCUGCAGAGGCUGGCAUACGGUAUGUGAAAGGUCUUCUCUACAUACCAAAGUCUCUGUAUCUGUUAAUUGUAUUUGACCUGGUUUUAAUUACCAGCUAUGAUCAGCUGUUAAUGUAGUGGAACUGGCUGCAAAGUUAGUCUGCAGCUGCUUUAAAUCUUAAUUGUUUUAACAUGAAACGCCUUUGAGCUUACACUUACACUUCCUCUUUUGCCAGAUAUACAUUUAUAGAUUAUUUUGUGUGUAUUAAUUAUCAGAUGGUCUUUGUUUCUUCGGCUCUUUUGUGUAACUGUUUGUCUAAACGUAGCAACAUAGGUUUAGAUGUAAUCUUGGUGGACCUGAGAGCCUUGUAGCUACUAUAAAGCUAGCGCCUUCGUGCCUUUUUUUUUUUCUUUUUUUUUUUUUUAAAGGAGAUGGGUCUCUUAGUUUGCUCUAGCAAGCAGAUGAUGGUGUCAUUACACGCAUUAUGGAAAUACUUAUCUGCAUAAAUACUGUAUGUGGGUUUUUACUGUAGGUAGUUUGAUCAUAGACACUGGUGUCAAAGUUAUUCAUUGUACUUACCUAUUUACUCUUGACUUUUAUCACAAACACUACUUUUCCUCUUGUCACAGUUAUGUUGAGCUGUUUUUGCACAAUAUGAUGAAUGAAGCCUCGCACAUGAUAAACUUAACAAUCAUCACGUUUCAUCACUACCUAGUUAGCUUCUUCACUUUAAAUGUUGUAGACAUAAUCGGCACAUUGAUGUCUCACAGUGACUGUCACAUUCACAAACACGUUCACCUUUUGCUAACAUAACAUAUUAAUCCUGGAGUGGAUUUUAAAAGCCUCUCACUGUUUGCACAGCACUGAAUGUGACUGGAACACCGUAAAACCAGCCGGGUACCAGAACACCGUGUACUUGUAGUCAACGUCAGUUUGACAGCUGCAAAGUCACUCAUAGCCAAAGCAUGUUGGUUCUGGUGCUGAUCUAAGUGCAACACACCGCUCUGUGGCCUAGCAGCCUUUAUCACAGUUUAAAAAGAAAAAAAAUCCACAGUUAUUCAGGUUCUUAUUAAAGUGCUAUCACAAAACAUACUGUUCAGUACCGUUUACUAUCAAAACCACCGUUUACUUGCAGUGCAGACACGUGAAGUGUAGCAUAUUAGUUUGUCACUGGUGAGUUUGGCUAUCAGACUAAUAGAGAGCACACGAGCCAGGCUGUUUGCUUGGCAGCCACACUUUGCUCUUGUUUGUAUAGAUGUAUAUUGUAUAUGUGCCUGCACAUGGGUUUGUUUGUUAAUUCAUGUAUAGUUUGAUUUCUGGAGGGUUAGGGUAAUCGGUGUGUGUGUUUUCUCAGGUGUCUGGCCCUGACUGGGGCCCCAAUGCUACCUACCUCUAUCCGUCAGACCUGGAAAACCUUAACUACUGUACCUUUCCUCACAGAAACAAGUUUUGUUUGAUUUGCAGCUUCUCUUUGUCCGCAACAGUCGUUUCAAUAUCUCCGCCUUCUCUUUUAAUGUCAAAUAAUAAGCUGAUCUUUCAAAAAUGUUUAACUUCCAUGUACAUAUUAAUCCAGAGUAUAUUAUUUUCAGUGAAAUAAGUACAUCUUAAAUGUUUAUUAGUUGAUGUUUGCUUGUGGUCUUUAAAGAGAUGUAAGUCACUAUUGGGGGGGAAUUGCUGUAAGCAGAGAUUCAGCUGCCUUUUCCAAGGGAGUGUUUUUGAAAUGGUACUAACAACCUUCUCUUCCUCCUUUUUGUGGUGUUGGUUUGAAUAGUCGUUUUAAAUAUUUCUGUUAUAGUGUGGAACACAUUGUGGGUUUUUGUUUUAAUAAAUUCAUACUCUGACAUGUAGCUGUACAGAAACAUUCUCUAUUCUCAAAUUGAAAUAUUUGAUUUCUGUGACCCCCCCAUAGGUCACAGACCUGAACCUUGAUUCCUGUUUUGACAUCUUUAAAAUAUGUCUAUGCAUUUGUGAAUUUCGAGGUUCAAGGUUAUAUUUCCAUCGCAGAAUGUAUUCCUGUUAAUUACUGAACAGCUGAAUGUUCUCUGUUGUUGGUUUUCCUCUAUUUUGUCACACACUGGGUCACAGCACAGUUGUAUGUAGUUUUAGCAAUCUGAUAAAAGGCGUGUAAUCUCAACAUCCCAUCUGAUUUUAAAUGUAAAAUGCAUCCUAGCCUGCGCUUCAGUAAUGACUUUAGUACCAAAUAUUUUGCAGGCUGGCUCUCAAUCGAAUUCCAAGCUAGCACUUUAAAAAUCUGUAGCAUGUCAGCAGCUGUUUGGCUCUGCAGGUGUGUAUAUUAACAAGUGUGUGUGCAAUAUUAUUAAACAGUUUAGACAGACAUAAGCCUAUCAAGACAAUUUGCACUGUAAUUGUUUACGUUGCGGUUUAAAAUGGGCUUUUCCUUGAUACAAAGUGAACACUACUUGAUUUGUAAAUGUUUCGUUUUCUCAGUAACACUCAAAUUCUUCUGAACUCUAAAUUAGUGACAGUGCAUUUGUCCCUGUGUGUUCUCUCCAGAGGAGUUGGAUGUGGUGUGUAAGUGGUGGGUUUCUGUAUGUAAAGAUGUGGAAAUAUUGUUCAUUGCUCUGAUUCCUGGAAAUGCUACACUUUUUAAUUUGCUGUGUGGGGAUUUCAUCAAAUAAAACUAGUGUGUUUUUAAAUCUA